AUGUCUCACUCGGAGCUUGCAGCCUCAUAUGCCGCUCUCAUUCUCGCCGAUGACGACCUUGACAUUACUGCCGACAAACUCUAUACUCUUAUCAAAGCCGCCAGUGUCGAGGAUGUCGAACCGAUAUGGACCACCCUCUUUGCAAAGGCACUCGAGGGAAAGAACGUCAAAGAUAUGCUGCUGAACGUUGGAUCAGGGGGAGGAGCUGCCGCCGCGCCUGCUGGUGCUGCAAGCGGUGGAGGAGCUGCACCGGAUGCGCCUGCAGAGGAAGAGAAGAAGGCAGAGAAAGAAGAGGAGAAGGAGGAAUCGGACGAGGAUAUGGGCUUUGGCCUGUUCGACUGA